AUGAGCAAAGCCGCCGCCGCGGAGGAAGAAGACGAAGACGAGUGCUUCUACGAGUCCCUCGAUCGCAUUCUCACCUCCUCAUCCUGUUCUUGCUCCACCUCCAACUCCGACGACGACACCGACGACAUCUCCGAUUCCGACGCCGCCAGCGCCAAUUAUGCCUCCCGCAGGAGGUUUCCGACGCCGAGGUUCCCCAUGGAGGCGUACAAGUACGACGUCUGGAUCUCCGAGCCGGCCUCCGUCUCCGACCGCCGGUCAAGGCUCCUCCGCGAAAUGCGCCUCAGCGGCGACCCGGCGCUGUCUCGGGCCAAGCCCGAGACGGUGGGGCGCUCGGUGUCGUCGGAUCAUUUGAUUAAACGACACUGCGCUCCCGCCGUUUCGCAAAUCGUCCGGUCCAAAUCCGACGGCGUCGAACAGUGUAACGGCGGUUCUUCUUCUCCUCCUAUUCUUUGUUCCGAGACUGAGGCUGCUCCGGCGGCCGAGACCAAUUCGUUUGUAAAUACACAGAAACAAGAUUGCGUUUGUAAAUCGGCGAGCGGCAAGAGCAAUGGAUCUUCUGCCGCGUCUCCUCCGCCGCUGAAUAAGCCGCCGUCCGGCAGGAACAGCCGGCGCUGCGACGAGAUUCGGAUUGAGGUUGAGGAGCCGGAGGAGGAGGAGGAGUUGGAAUGUAAUGGCGGCAGUGCAAGUGAAGUGUGUACUAUUCGGAAUCUUGAUAAUGGGAAGGAGUUUGUGGUGAAUGAGAUCAGGGAAGACGGGAUGUGGAACAAGCUCAAGGAAGUGGGGACCGGGAAGCAGUUGACUAUGGAGGAGUUCGAGAUGAGUGUGGGACAUUCCCCCAUUGUUCAAGAACUGAUGCGGCGGCAGAAUGUGGAGGAGAGUCAUAAGGGUGGUGGUGGUGGUUCGGAUUCGAAUGCCAAUGGGGGCGGUGGAGGGGUUCCCAAGAUGAAGAAGAGGGGCUGGUUUAAGAGCAUUAAGAGUGUUGCCAGUAGCGUGACUGGUCAUAAGGAGAGGAGGAGUAGUGAUGAGAGGGACACGUCGUCGGAGAAGGGGGGCCGGAGGUCGAGCUCUGCGACUGAUGAUAGCCAGGAUGUGUCGUUUCAUGGACCGGAGAGAGUGAGGGUGAGGCAGUAUGGGAAGUCUUGUAAGGAGCUUACGGCUGUGUACAAGACGCAGGAGAUUCAGGCCCAUAAUGGGUCUAUAUGGAGUAUUAAGUUUAGCUUGGAUGGGAAGUAUCUGGCAAGUGCCGGUGAGGAUUGUGUGAUUCAUAUAUGGCAGGUGAUGGAGACCGAGAGGAAGGGUGAUUUGUUGAUGCAGAAAUCAGAAGAUAACAAUUUGGAUUUGUUGUUUAUUGCCAAUGGAUCUUCAGAACCAUCUUCAGUCUCGCCCAAUAGUUACAGCCAUCUAGAAAAGAAGAGGAGAGGGAGGACUUCUAUAAGUCGGAAAUCAUUGAGUUUGGAACAUUACGUGAUUCCAGAGACAAUGUUUGCGCUUUCAGAAAAGCCCAUUUCUUCAUUCCAAGGUCAUGUAGAUGAUGUGCUUGACCUCUCUUGGUCCAAAUCUCAGCACCUGCUGUCAUCUUCUAUGGAUAAAACGGUGCGCCUCUGGCAUCUGUCUAGCAAGUCUUGUUUGCGAAAAUUUUCACACAUUGACUAUGUAACUUGCAUCCAGUUUAAUCCCGUUGAUGAUAACUACUUCAUUAGUGGAUCACUUGAUGCUAAGGUUCGUAUAUGGAGCAUCCUUGAUCACCAAGUGGUUGAUUGGAAUGAUACGCAUGAGAUGGUCACUGCUGCUUGCUACACUCCUGAUGGUCAGGGUGCUCUGGUAGGAACAUACAAAGGGAGCUGCCGGUUGUAUAACACAUCUGAUAACAAGUUGCAAGAGAAAAACCAAAUAAAUCUGCAGAACAAGAAAAAGAAAUCUCAUCACAAGAAAAUUACCGGUUUCCAGUUUGCACCAGGAAGUUCCUCAGAAGUACUAGUUACAUCUGCAGAUUCACGAAUCAGGGUUGUUGAUGGUGUUGAUCUGGUUCACAAGUUCAAGGGAUUUCGCAACACAAAUAGCCAAAUCUCAGCCACCCUCACAGCAAAUGGCAAAUAUGUGGUAUCAGCCAGCGAGGAUUCUCAUGUAUAUAUAUGGAAACAUGAAGCUGAUUCCCGACCUAGUAGAAGCAAAAGUGUUACUGUCACGCGCUCGUAUGAGCAUUUCCAUAGUCACAACGUAUCAGUGGCUGUCUCUUGGCCUGGUGUUGGUGAUUCAUGGGGACUACAAGAUGGAGAACAAAAUGGACUUGGACUUGACACCAAUCUUGAUGAGGUUUCGACAGCCAAUCAUCCGCCUACUCCAGUUGAGGAGGCCAACGGCAAGGAUGGUUCGCGAUCAGCAUCCGGUUGCACCAAUAGCCCCCUUCAUGGAACAAUUACCAGUGCAUCCAACAGUUACUUCUUUGAUAGGAUUUCAGCAACGUACCCAGAGGAAAAACUUCUUCUAGCUACUAAGAAACGAAGCCCUCGUGUAAGUUUUGAUUUUAGCAACGGUGUAAGCCAGAACAUUCCAGCCUGGGGUAUGGUGAUUGUAACCGCUGGCUUGGGUGGUGAAAUUAGAACUUUCCAAAAUUUUGGGUUGCCGAUUCGGAUAUAAGGCCCAAAGAAAUAGGCUCCCUGAUCCCUGGGGAGGACGAGUUAAUACUACCACAUAGAGCCGGUCCAUUUCCCCUAUUGGCAAAUAUGUACAGAGAGAUUUGGUGAGAUUUGUAAUAUUAGAGAGAGUUCCAUUUGUUUCGA